AUGACACAAACGAAGGGGCAGGAAGGGGAACAAUGUUUGGAUGCAUUACCUUCAAAUCAAGCGUAUGAAAAUUUCAAAUUGAACGGGAAAUCCCACAGUAAUAAUGGAUCCGUCAGUGGAAUAAAAAGUGAUCUCGAAAGUGCAUUACAAGACAAACUGACGACUACUGAUUGUGUAGGUGAAAUAGCUGGUACCUGGUUUUACAUAACGCAAAUGAUGAGAAACAGUGAUCCAUCCUAUACAGAUCGCUGUAAUUUCUUCUAUAAUUGGUUGGGAGAAAUCGUGUAUGAGAAAUUAAAGGAAACGGGACAGUUCCAAAAAACUAUGAGUGAUAUAUACACAACACUGGAUAGUAAGUUCCCCAAUGAUAAGUGUAAAAUUGUGGACCAUAAUCUUCCCGGAAUUAGCUUUAAUCAUAGGAAAACAGUAUUUGAUUAUUCUUACAACCAUGGAACUAUGGAAAAUGAGUUCCUGGCAAGUAAGGCUGGUUGUGCAGAGGAAUAUUCACGUUACUUGGAAAAAAUUAAUGCAGAUUAUGAAUCUAUAAAAUCGUCCUGUUCGAGGCAAGGAACUAAACAAUACUGUAGAGAUCUUGGAAAUAUAUUUCUUGAUGAUAACAGUCCAGAAAAGUUAAAAGCAAAAUUUGACAAAAAGAUUGAAGAGGAACGCGCAGCAAAGGAUUUACCCUCACAAAAAAUAUACAAUGCAUUCGAUGAAGGCAGAACGUGUACCAUAGGGACGGAUGGGCAGAAGUGUAAUGGACAGAAGAAGGGGGACAUAGAGUCAACGUUAAAUUCAUACAAAUAUAUUAAAGAUGAGACAUUAGCCAGGAAAAUCGUGCAAAACUGGUGUUACAUACACAACAAAGUGAACAGUAGCGAUGUGUUCUAUAAGGAACGUUGUCACUUUUUCUAUUAUUGGUUAGGGGACAAAGUGAAAGACAAGUUGCCUGAAGGUCACGCAUUGUCAACUGCCAUGAAUAAUAUGCACAAUCAACUACAUAGAUUCCAAUGCAAGAAUCAAUGUGAUAAUCCAUACCCUGAUAAUGAUAGCUUGAUCAUUUUCGAGAAUGGUAAAAAACUAUUCGAUUAUUAUUAUAACUAUGCUGCUCUUCAGAAAGGCACAGAUUGUAAUGCAACUUCAUGCAGUUCAACAUAUGAGCAAUAUCUGAGCAAGGCCAAAUCAGCAUAUUCAACUAUAAAUGGUAUUUGUAAUGGUAAUAGUAGUGGUAUCUAUUGUACAGAAUUUAUGAGUAAGAUUCAAGAGGAAAAAAUUAAGGAACCAACAGAUUUCAUAUGUAGAUCAGUAGGCAAACCACAGAGCAUGAAGGAGCACAGAAUCAAGGAAAAAAAACCGAAGGAGCUCAAAACCAAGGUAAAAAGGCAGGAGCACAAAAUCAAGGAAAGAAAGCUGAAGGUGGUAGUGCUCCUAGAAGCAUCGCCCCUGCUGCUGUGUCUGCUGGUGGAAUUGCCGCAGUAG